UGUUUGCACGUUCUUUCACACACGGAUAGCUUCUUGUCGAUAUUCUGGCAACAUAUAUAACCGUUAUCCCAACCGUUCUUGCUGACAGUAUUCAGGCCGCAUCCAACCACGCCUUUCAAUCGACAAGUAACUUGCCUCAAGGGCAAUGGAUGUUUCUUGGGGUUACCUACGACUACGCAACAGGGCAGGUACAGCUUUGGAAAGAUGGUAUCAAUAUCGGCAGCACAAACUUUGGUCAACUGGAACACAGCACAGCGAAUCCCAUCAGGCUUGCAGACAGUCGUGCACACUCAGUACCUUUCAAUGGCAAAAUGUCGUGUCUUCAGAUAUACAACUAUGCGUUGAGCCAGCAAGAGAUCCUGGACGCUCAGAAUGCAUGUGACGAUGAAGAUGAGCCUUUGGAGGCCAUCCCUCCAAGCCUGUCCAUUGCCGACUUUCAGUUUAAGGAAUACACGUUAACUCCGGCAGAGUUGAGGACCAUUGAUUCCUACUUGGGUUUCGAGCUGUACCUUCCAAUGGAAGAUAUGAAGGAAGGUGAAGAAACAAGCGUACACGCGUCGUCCAAGAAGUUUAUCGUCGGCGAGUGUAACUUAAUACUUGCAGACGGAGUGGUUGGCCGAGCACUUCAACUUAGAGGUCGCCAGGAGAAGAGCACGGGUAAUGAACUCCUAUACCGAUGGCAGUUACCCGCAAUCGCAUCAUCUCCGUUAAUGUUCGAGGUGAAGACAGGCGGUUCUGCCCACAUUGCGUUAUCCAGGAAGAAAAAGUAUUUGCCAAAUAUGUACGAAGUUGUCAUCGGUGACACCUCUGAGAUUCGUCGCACAGAAGACAGCAAGAUAGCAGUACAAACACCAGGUAUUUUAGACCAAAACGUAUACAAGCAAUUCUGGAUCUCCUGGACGUACCUGGACAGUGGUAAUAUAAGCAUUGCAGUCGGGAAGGAAGAAGAUACGGUUCCAUUAAUGCAGUGGACUGACCCUUUGGCACCCCUUUCUAUCAACUAUGCUGGGUAUAGCACCGACUCACAGAACGGAUAUUGGAAAUUUGGGGAAGAAUGCCAAGCCAGUGUUGAGUCUGCAGGUUAUGUAACAGAUGCUUCUGAGACAUUCAGCAUCCUUUUGUGGGCGAAAUUUAAGUAUCCAUUGAAGGGUGGAUACUUUGCCACAACGUAUUCAAGUCCCACCUCUUGUGGACUUUCUCUUGAGGCAAAGGAUGACCAAACCCUUGAGUUCAAGGUACAGAAAAGUCAAAAGGAAUGGAGCGUGGUGAUAGGAGUUACAGACCAACACUGGGUCCACCUGGCGUUUGCUUGGAACAAAACUGGAAACCUGGACACCUACAUCAACGGCAUCAAGCAGUUUUCGGUUGCUGGCCAUAAUAGGUCGAUUGCUGACCAAAACUGCUUCGACAACCUGGCUUUCAAUAGCCUGUCAAACGAAGUUGCUUGGGAAGACCGUCAGGAAUUCCUCAUCGACGACUUCCGUAUGGAUGAGGGAACCUUUGAAGAGGAUCGUUUGAAGUACAUUUAUGCCAAAGACGCAAGGAUCCGAAGUUACCACUUUUCAAUAGAUGCAAGAUCCGGAAAUAUCCUUCUUGAGGACAACAGAGAAUCAACACUUUCUCACCUUGGGAAUGAUAUUCACCUUGAAUCAUCUCUGAAUAACAAAGGCCUCUUGAUUGGUAGGUAUUGGUCUUGGAUUGGUGGACCUUAUCGUUACAUGUGCCUGGGAAACCCUUCAAAUUGUCUCAAUGGGUUCUCUCUAAGUUUGUGGUUUAAAGAAAAACUUAUCCCUGCCGUGAACGGAAGUGUCUACUUGAUUUCGGCUGGUGAUGAGAUGGAAAAUAGUCCAGACGGCUUUCACGUGUACCACCAAGGAUGGGGUGACUUGUACGUCAUUGCUGUUACAAGAAAUGGCACUACACAGAAGGUCACGUUUGGAAUUCGCGAAGGGCUGUGGACACACGUACACAUGUCGUGGCUGAAUGAUUUGAGUGUUACAAUCAAUGGCGUACCUUACCAUGGCGAAGUUCAACACAGCCAGGAGCAGGAAGGAGGGCUUAAAAUCAACAGCACAAUUCUUAAGCUGGGAGCGCCUGUCAACCAAGAGCAAAUUGGAAACGAUUGGCAGAUAGUUGUCGACGACAUUCGCAUUUGGGAAGAGGUUGUGUCAGUGGAGGAUGCAAAGGAAGAGUAUGCAUCACUGGCGCUCAAGCGAGAGUACAGAUUCUUCUCGAAAGGACAGUCUAACUUCGGAGACUUCCCAAACGACUGCCUGGGAAGCACCAUCUACUGUACUUUGGGCUUCACCAUUGCAGCAUGGAUCCUCCCAAUAUCCACGUCUGAUGAAGUGCAAACGAUGCUGUCAAACUCUUGCAACCACACUAACAGCAGAGGAUUCACAGUCAUGUACGACCCAGCAACGCAAACGGGAACAGUGCUGCUAACAACUGUCGACAAACAGUUUUCAACGACCUUCCCGAUGCUGAAGGACAAGUGGAUCCAUGUGGUCAUCACCUGGGACAUCGAAGCAGAUGAAUUCAUUCUGUUUCUCAACGGAAGACGUUUUCUUGGAGAAAUCGAAACGGACAAGCUACAGGUUCUUAAGACUGAUCCGCACACAGCGGUGUAUUUCCAAGGCAGAUAUAGACUGUUGUCAUCUACAAAAGACAGUUCUACAGAGACCAUCUUCUUCAAAGAGGGCAUCCUUCCAGCAAGGGAUGUUUUAACCUUGUAUGAAAUUGGAAGACCCAUAAUUCAUUACGACAUUCCUAUGACAACUACGAAUGGGAGUUUUGUGGAAGAGAGUUAUCGAGUAUGCGCCAUCCACGGGGAUGCAACACGGGCAGUUCAUAACUACCGGCCGCACAUGAACUUCAGUGGCUGUGCCUACAUGGACUGCGGGCAACUCUCGCUAGAGUGUCUGGUGGACCACACGAUGUGUCACGGCAUGGGGAUGACAUUCAGGAUUGCAUAUUCUGGGCUCCAUCCAGUGAAGAUAAUGUCAGUGAUUGCACAAAGUGGAGACGAACUGACAAGCGUGGAUUGUGACCCUGGGUCUUCAGGCUGUGCAUGGAACAUUGAGGACGCCAUGUUGAAUUUCACGGUGCAGCCUGACGAGUGGAAUUUUAUCCAGCUGACCAUGAGUGACAAGUAUGAAAUGAAAGCAUAUGUAAAUGGCCAUUUUAUGGCUUCCAUGAAGACGGAUCUUCAGUUUGAGUCGUCCUUCAACACUACUACAAUCGCUACUCUUAAGUUAGGAGCUAUGGUUGAUGACUGUGUGGAGGGGUCUGACAGCAGAGUUCAGUUUGCGGGGUGGUGGUUCAAAGACCGCACCCUUCGAACGUCUGAACUUGAUGAAAGUGACCCGGACUGGGAUGCGGCUAUAUACCUCCCCAUGGACUUGCGUGGCCAGGUGCCUGCUGGCUAUCCCGGCAUCAGAACCAGCGGGGAUACAGUACAGCUUGUGGACGGGAUGGUCGGAAAGGCGGCCAGGAUCGACGGAUCCGGCUUGGACCAGCUUGUCACCAUUGAGAAAGCGAACUUGCCAAGGAGCCUUGUAGACUUCAACACCCUGACUCGUGGAUAUACUGUGUGUCUUUGGCUCUUUGCUAUACCAACCGGGCAAGACAGGAACUACUACCUGGAUUUUACCGGAGACCACCAUAACUCCUGGGGCUUCAGUCUGUACCACGAUCCUGUGGAAAAGCAUCACGCUGUUGUCGUAUCUACACCAGACCAUAGCUGGAAGGUGACGUUUCCACCUUACAUAUACCGAUGGACCCACGUGGCUUUUGGCUUCAACCCUAAAAACGCGUCUGUUUCCCUCUUCCUGGAUGGAAUGUUUUAUAAAACGUCAACCGAUCCUGUGGACAGAGCAGAGGAGCCGAUCGAUCGUAGUGGAAUCAAGGCUGCAUUUGGUGCCCGCUACGCUGCACAUAUAUCCUCACUGCCUAGCACAAUGAUGCUGGAUGAGUUCAGAUUCAUUGAGAGACAGCUCACAGCAGAAGAAGUCUUCAUCGCUUUCCGAUCUCCUUUGGGAUCGACCAUACCGACGCUGUGCAUGCUUUGUGGAGGACUUGCACCAGGCUCAAAGGUGGUAAACAUCAAGUACGAUCCAACCUUACCUGCACCCGUGUCAUACCAAGAGUCAAAUGACACAGCCUUUUCUGUGGAAGACGGAUCAUUACAGAUUCUCAGCUACAGGACUUUCCUACAAUAUUCUUACAAUGGUCUAAGGAUAGGAUCAGCGUUUACCUUAGGCUUCUGGCUUACGGUGGACCGUGAGUUACAAGGCUCUACUUUGGUGCUGACCAUAGCUGAGAAAGGUAUAUGGGUCUCUCUCGUCAACAGUACAUCUGAAGAGGCAUAUCUGUCCGUCAGUACAAUUUUGCCUGCAGGAAUAGUUGCAAUAGUUAACAUAUCAAUCUCUUGUCACAAACCGAUGCUGGUACUGGCCAAGUGGGUGGAUGAGAAUCUGUCAGUUCAUGUCAAUGGAGACCCUGUUGGUAACAAUAGGCAGGAACAGGAAAGCUGGGCAGAAUAUUCCGACGGAGUGGUAGAAGCACUUGGGGCAGAUAGCGGUACUGAAGGCCCACUGUUCUCACUCAAAAGUGUGCUCUUCUGGGAUGGUGUCAUACCGACAACGAGAGCACUUGAGGAACUUACGGGAGCACAUGAGGAACACAAGUGGGACUUUUCCAGCAACCCUGACGGACUUCACUUAAAUGGAUAUGCAGAUGGUGACUUUAUACCGCUUGGAAUGGAGUCAUGGGGCAUCUCCGAUGACCAGCUCUCGGCCACUCAUUGGAACACGAAUCCAGCAGCCAGCCGCCUGAAUACAAUGAGCAGGGUCGAUGACCCCAAUGGUGGAGGCUGGUGUGCAACUGGAGCUGACCAAUGGCUACAGGUUGACUUGGGGCGAAGAACCUACGUCAAAGGUGUAUUGACGCAGGGACAUAGUGACUCAGGAAGGGUGACGUCAUACCACCUAUCCUUCAGUCUGGACGGUGAAGAGUUUUCCGUCUACAGUGUCGAGAGUGACGGCAGCCCUACGGUGUUUGUUGGGAAUGACGACACCAGCACCAUCGUACGGCAUGUCCUGGACCAAGUCGUGGUUUCUCGGUUUGUCCGCUUCAUUCCCAAAACGUGGAACGCAGGCAUCUGUAUGAGGGUAGAGGUUUUUGGAUCUGUAGGGGAGACAAAGAGCAUUGACACCAACAUUGCGAUCGGAAAAUCUACAACCCAGUCCAGUACGACACCGGGUUGGGACUCCUACAAGGCAGUAGACUCCAACAAAAGACCGUACUCCGAUAGCGACUCGUGCAUACACACUGUCGCCGAAAAUGACCCUUGGUGGUCUGUGGAUCUAGGGCAGGUGACACCAAUAGACAGAGUAGUUAUCUACAACCGACAGGAUCGGGUGACUGAGCACAGGAUAAAUCCGUUCAAUGUUCACAUCGGGUCGAAUGUAAAUGUACAUGAAAACGAUAAGUGUGGAGAAGACCAUAUCAUCGCGAGGGGACAGGCUGCAGUGACUGUAUACUGUGGUGGAAUGGAGGGAAGAUACGUUGGAAUCCGCCUGCCAGGGAAUAGAAUCCUAAAUCUGUGUGAGGUGGAAGUUUACUCUACCAGUUUGAACCUGGCACAACAAGGUGUUGUGAGGUGGCGCAAUGAUAAUCAAUGUGGACUGGGUUACCCUGCGCCAGACGGCAGACCCGCUGAAUGCCACCCUUCGCACGGCAACCCUUGCUGCUCCAUGGUGAUGUUCUGUGGUGACACUGCGGAUCAUUGUGCUUGUCCAAACUGUGUGGAGUCCAGGAAGGAAGGGGGGGACUUCAACGUGGCGGAGGGAAAACCUACCAGACAGUCCAGUACAGGCCACGGUGGUGUCUCCUCCAGGGCAGUGGACGGAAACAGAGCACAGAACUGGCAAAGCUAUUCAUGCAUGCACACUAAUGUAGAGUAUGCUCCCUGGUGGUCUGUGGAUUUAGGAAAUGUGGGCCCCGUUGAUAGAGUGGUCAUCUACAAUAGACUGGACGGCAAUCCGUUGUACAUCAAUCCGUUCAAUAUCCACAUUGGGAACUCUCCAAAUGUAGAGGAAAAUGGAAAGUGUGGAGGAGAUUACAACAUGACUUUAACGCAGAGCACCCUAACGGCUUAUUGCGGUGGAAUGGAAGGAAGAUACGUGGGGAUAAAGCUGGUACCGCUCUCAACAACGAGAGUUUUACAUGUAUGUGAAGUGGAAGUCUACUCCAGCAGUAUUAGUAAUGUACAACAAGUGACGAAGGGAAUACAAUGUUCCAUACCACAACCAGUGGGUAUGGAAUCGGGCUCCCUUCCAAACGACAAAAUUACUGCGUCCUCCCGCGCCGGUUCCAACUACGACGCAAUCUACGGAAGGCUGAAUCAGUACGGUUUUAGUGGUACAGAGGGGGGCUGGGGACCAUCGCAAGACAACAUAAACCAAUGGCUUCAGGUGGAGGUAGGGCUGGCGCUUUCCGUCACUGGAGUCAUCACACAGGGCAGCUCUGAGGCAUCAGAAUGGGUCACGUCAUAUAAACUGCAAUUCAGUAUGGAUGGAAGUAAUUGGGUUACCCAAAUGGACCAAUCAGGUGUCGAGCAGAUCUUUGAAGGGAACUUUGACCGAAACACCAUCGUGACUGCUACUCUGCCCGCUCCUGUUGCUACACGCUAUGUACGGUUUUUGCCUCAGACAUGGAAAAACAAGAUACGUAUGAGGGUUGAAAUUCUUGCUUGCAGCAAGGAACCUAACCUAGGACGUAUCUGGAUGGACACCAACGUGGCAAAGGGAAAACCUACCAGCCAGUCUUCUACAGUUCACGGUGGCGUCUCCUCCAGGGCAGUGGACGGAAACAGAGUACAGAACUGGCAAAGCUAUUCAUGCAUGCACACUAAUGUAGAGUAUGCUCCCUGGUGGUCUGUGGAUUUAGGAAAUGUGACUCCCGUUGAUAGAGUAGUCAUCUACAACAGACUGGAUGCCCAAACGUUGAUGAUUAAUCCGUUCAAUAUCCACAUUGGGCACUCUCCAAAUGUAGAGGAAAAUGAAAAGUGUGGAGGAAACUACAACAUGACUAUCACACAGAGCAGCCUAACGGUUUAUUGUGGUGGAAUGGAAGGAAGAUACGUGGGGAUACGGCUGGUACCACUCACAACAAGGAGAGUUUUGAAUUUAUGUGAAGUAGAAGUUUACUCCAACAGUCUAUAUAAUAUACAAGAAGCGGCUGCCUCUCAGUGGACGUCACUCGGCCACCAUGCAGGAACCUGCCUUACCGAUCCACAGCUCUGCCUGCAGGGCUUUACUCUGGCUCUGUCAUUUCGGCACAACAAGGGAACUGGUGACCAGGUGAUUCUGUCUUCGGGAGGAGGAAGUCACAGCUCAAGGGGCUUCUUCUUUGAAUACGUUGAUCGGUUGUUUGAGGUUGGCGUGAACGAUGGACCGUCCUUGUGGAAAGUUCGUUUUGAUAUGAGGCCCGAAUGGACGGACAUUUCCUUCAGCUGGCACCCGUCAGUAGGCUUGACUGUCCAACUGGAUGGGGUUGUCAUUUUGAGAGAUGCUGCAGGUAUUCCCUGCGACGGUUGUAGUGCAGGGCAGAAGUCCAACAAUGAGGUGUUCAUAGGAAGGGGAACAGCCGUGCCACAAACGUCCAUGGAAUUCCGGAUCAAACACAUGAACUUCUUCGAGGGACUGAAGGACUUGGAGACAUUAGCACAAACUGAAGUAUAA